GCUUCAGGGCCAAGGAAGGCCAGGCCAGUAACAUAACCCAUGAUGCUUAAGCAUGGAGUGGGGGAGGGAGGGGCGUGUGUCCGACAAUAUAUCUCCCAUGAUGUUUUGAGACAGGAACUGAUCCUUAUUUGGGCGGGGAGGUACUGGGUUUGCAAAGUCUCGGGAGGGCGGGGUUCGAGGCUGAGCCGCGCCCCGCCCCCUUCCCCUCCCCCCAUUUCCUGCACUGUGCCCAUGCAGCCUUGUUGCCAACUGUACUCUCUGAGUCAGAGGCUUCUCCCUCCGCUUGUGCAGCUUCUCUUUUGGACCUGAGUUCGAAUUCUGCAUUUUACCAGUGUCUCACGGUGACACCCCACCCCCCGCCCCGGUUCUCUGAGCCCGUGCCUAGGGUGCCAGCACCUAUCGGCAAUCCCACCAGAUCGCUCACCUCCAAACCCCGGGUGCCACCUGUAGGUAGGAGGAGCCUCCAGAAUGGGGAACCUUGCAUCUAAGGACGGCAGAGGAACUGUUCCAGAGGAAGGAACGCCGGCAUUUUAUAUGUACACUCACUACCGGCCCAAGUGCUGUAGGUUUCUGGCUGACUGGAACAGGUUUACCAGAGCUCAUGGUCACUCUCUGUGGUUUCCACAAGAAGGAUCAUUUGACUUGAGGAGAAUAAUGCACCUGAAGGAGGUCCUAGAAUCUCGUGGCUCUAAAGUUGGGCGAGGUGAGUGGAAAGCCUUCAUUGAUUGGCACACAGAAGCUUCCAAAAGGCACCAGGAUGCUCGGGAGCAGCACCACAGGGAUUCCAUUGAGAAACUGGAAGACAAGAUUCGAGCUUUUGAGUCUGCCAAUCACCCUCCACCAAAACAGGAGAUGCCGGGGGAUGCUCGGGAGCUCUCGAGUGCUCCCAAAACUCCCCAACCUCCAGCUCCAGCCACUGCCUCUCCAGUGCCAGUGCCAGCUCAGGCUCCAGCCCCUGCCCCUCCAGUGCCAGCUCAGGCUCCAGCCCUUGCCCCUCCAGUGCCAGCUCAGGCUCCAGUCCCUGCCCCUGCAGUGCCAGCUCAGGCUCCAGCCCCUGUCUUCUCCGUUCCUUUGACUCCCUCUCCUUCCUUAACUCCAACACCUUUUGUAGCUGGAGACUCCCGCAUCUGUUCUCCCAGGUACAGAGUGGUAGAUUACCCAGGGUGGAGAAGGAAUUCAGGUGAUCUUGCUACUUUUAGGCCUGAGGAUUUGUAUGACCUUGCUAAUAAGCUCUCUGACAUUGAGAAAGAACCAGUAGAGUUUAAGAAUCAGUUGAGUUUUGUUAUUAAUGUUUUUAAGCCCACCUGGGCAGAUAUGAACAGACUGUUGACAUAUGUGCUGCCCACAGAGGUCAGACAGCGCCUCUUUGAUAUGGCGCUCUGGCCUAUGGAUGAUCCUGGAGAAGGGCCAUACUUGGUUUGGCUCUGGCGGGCUUUACUCAAUGCUAUCCUGCUGGUCUGCCCCAGAAAAUCUGAUUGGGGGAAAAUUAUAUCCUGUAAGCAAGAAGUGAAUGAGCAGCCGUGCAUGUAUUUAGAUCGCUUUACAAAGGUCUUUGAGGAGCACUCUGGCAUCGAUGACCCAGAUAAUGGUGCCACCCAAGGGAUGGCAAUUGCUUUUGUCCAAGGCCUCCUUCCCCAAGUUCAAGAACAGCUGCGUACUUUUUGUGUGGGGUGGGAAGGAAAAUGUACCCAUGAAUUGGCAGCUCUAGCCCACUACUACUGGCAGCUGGAGCGGGAGAAAAAGAUGAUUGUCUGGCAAAGCCCUAGGAGACCUAGGAGGCAACGUCCUAAGAAGUCCUUUGACCCUUCUGCAUGCUUUUAUUGUAAACAGCUUGGUCAUUGGAUAAAGGAGUGCCCUUAUCGGCUCAGACGCCAAUAUCAACUUAGCCAACUCUCCAGGUUCACCUGAGGGAAGGACCCUCCUUAGAGCCCCGACUGGAGAGGAGCCCCCAAACCCAUGCUCUGGGUGUGGCUCAAGCCACUGAGAAAUGGCUCCGCAUCAGGAGAUUUGUUUUCUGUCUUCUUUUGUAAUUUCACCUUCUGCCUUAAAUGCCUAAACUCUGGGGAAGAGCUUUCUGUUCCUAGAUUUUAAUAAUGCCUAGCCCAAGGACUAGGGGUGAAGGGCUGUUCUUUGUAGCCCCUUGGUGCUUGGAAAUAACAAAUUAGGGAUAAAAAGCCCCAGGCUUGCCAACCCUUUCAGCCAGAAUCUGUGAGAUCUUGAAAACAGAAACUGCUCUCAUGGCAUGAGAGAUGGAAUCGUUGCAGAUUCAAAACAUUUGUACUUUGUCUUAGUUGUAGAUCGUGGGUCUUUGUGUAAUGAGGAGAACCUCUGGGAUUGUUGAUACCCCUUACUCAUGACCUGUGCCCUCAAAGGGAUCCAUAGUAAAGGAGGUUGCUGCUGGAUUGGCAGCCCAAUACAUAAGGGCUUGUCUGGCAUGCGUGGUACUCAUCCAAGAUGAUUGACCUGUUGUGGGCUUAGCCUGUUGGAUUGCUGGAGGGGUGAUGUUACAGAGGCUGGGACAGGAGCUGCCUGAAUCCAUUGGUCACCACCUCCCCAGCCUCCAGCCUGUUGGAUAACCAGCCUGGCUGGCUCUUCCUUCGCUUGAGCAGUGUGAAGUUCCAGUGCACCCCUUGAUUAUUUUAAAAAAGUCACAGCAUGUGUAUGGGAUCAGACAGAAUGGAGGGGGUAUUUUCUUGUUCUACAAUACUCAUGGGAAGUCAUUCUUUAACUUUCUUACAGUAGGCCUCGAUCCAUCACUGAUUUUCUAAUGUGCUUGAGGUCCUCGGGAUCUCUUUCUCCAGGAGCCAUUUGGGGAGCUACUGCCCUUCCCCCCCUCCCCGUUUCUUCCACUGAGCCUAUAAGCUCUUAAGGUCUCUGAUAGCAGAGGAAGACCCAGCUCCAGACAGACUGGAAGAGCAUCACAUCUCAUCUCAUCUCAUCUCAUCUCCACCUGUCCCGAGACCUCCACUGGUCACAAAGAACAUUCUUCUGUAUCCCUAAGGAUCCUUGGACCUCACCAUCUGCUUUGCCAUCGCGUCCUGGGGACUUGCGGGGUAUUUUUAUUUAUCCUUAGUUAAACUGUCUUGUCUCUUCUAAUUAGAAAUCAAGAAUCUGUCUCAAUUUCCUUUUUUGUAUCCCCAGAUCUUGUUACAUAGAAUAAAGGCAUUUUCAUUUGUAUUGUUCACUCAAUAAACCACUUUUUAUCCACAG